UAAGAAUUAGGGAUCUGGGAGUGACGCUGCAAUGAAAUCCAGUUGAUCCCUCUCGCUUUGCAACGAAAGUUAUUUAUGCUCGCGCAAAGUAGUUCGCGCUGGCGACCUGUCUGCUGUUUCUGUAUCGCGCGCGCUUGUGGAAACCGAAAUGAAUCGCGUUCUUUGAUCCUUUUUGAACAUCUGUUACGCUUGCAAGUUGGGAUAACUUUUCCGCCUAAUAAAGUGGAGCGAUAAGGAGAGCUGAACAUGGACUGGGGCACCGAGCUUUGGGACCAAUAUGACAUCAUUGAUAAACACACACAAUCUGGGCUGGACCUGGUGGAGAAAUAUGUGAAGUUUGUAAAGGAGCGCACAGAGAUUGAACAAAAUUAUGCAAAGCAACUAAGGAAUUUAACCAAGAAAUACAGCCCUAAACGAGGCAGCAAAGAAGAGCAGGAAUGCAGGUUCUCAAAUCACCAGACCUUUCUGGACAUCCUGAAUGAGAUGAAUGACUACGCGGGCCAGAGGGAACUAAUUGCUGAGAACAUGAUGAUCAACAUCUGCAUUGAGCUCACCAAGUACCUACAGGAGCUCAAACAGGAGCGCAAGAUGCAUCUUUCUGAAGUCAAAAAAGCACAGCAGUCCCUGGAAGGCACCUACAAGCAGCUCGACAAUAGUAAAAAGCGAUUCGAGAGGGAAUGGAGAGAAGCAGAGAAGGCAGCACAAUACGCAGAGAAAACCGAUCAGGAUCUCAAUGCCACCAAAGCUGAUGUGGAGAAGGCCAAACAGCAGGCGCACAUGCGCACACAUAUAGCAGAGGAGUGUAAGAACGACUAUGCUGCACAACUGCAGAAGUACAACAAGGAACAGAAUCAAUUUUACUUCACAGAAUUGACCCUUAUUUUCAACAAGCUGCAAGACAUGGAUGAACGGCGUAUCAAAAAGCUGGCGCAGGGCUACAUCCUGUUUGCAGACACGGAGCGCCACGUCAUGCCGAUCAUUGGGAAGUGUCUGGAGGGCAUCAACCGAGCUGGCACAAACAUCAACGAGAGGAACGACUCAGUGGUUCUCAUAGAGCAGCAUAAGUCUGGCUUCGAGAGACCAGGAGAUCUGGAGUUUGAGGACUACAGUCAGGGCAUAAACCGAGCCUCCUCAGACAGCAGUCUGAGCACUCCUAAAGGUCCCCUUGAGCUGCUGGGCAAGAACAAGAAUAAAACCUUCCGGUUGUUCAAUAAGAAGAGCAAGCUCCCCUCGUCCUCGCUCAGUCCUUUCGCCACACCCCCUACCCCCUCACCUGCUAACGGACCCCCCUCCCCCAAGUUUGGCCGGGAUCCCCUGUCGUACUGUUUGAAGGAAAUCAAUAAGACAGUCAAACCCCGAAUCGCUUCCUUCCGGACCCUCAAGAGAACGCCUGUGGAUUCUGAGGGCUUCAUCCAUCUCCCACCUGAGCAACGCAGGAAGCGCUUACAGCAGAAGAUCGAUGACAUAAGCAAAGAGCUGCAGAAGGAAAUGGAUCAGAGUGAGGCUCUGGGAAAGAUGAAAGAUGUGUAUGAAAAAAACCCUCAGAUGGGAGAUCCUGCCAGUUUGACUCCUCAGAUUACUCAGACGGCACAAAACAUGGAGAGACUGAGAGGAGAACUCGGCAAAUAUGAGUCCUGGCUCACUGAAGCACGGGGCAGAGGAGACUCAGUACGAUACUCGACUCACUCUCUGAACAAUAAUGGUGCUCCCAACCACAACAGUCCUGUAGCGCACUCAGAUGACACUGACUCUUCCCAGGCCAUCUACACAGAUUUUGAUGAUGACUUUGAGGAAGAUGAACUUCCUGCACCUAUUGGUCAAUGCAUAGCACUCUACAAUUUCCCAGGCUCCAGCGAAGGGACCAUAUCCAUGCAGGAAGGGGAGGUUCUCGCUGUAGUAGAGGAGGAUAAGGGUGACGGAUGGACACGAGUGCGCAGGAACAACGGGGACGAGGGCUACAUACCGACUUCUUAUGCUACCAUCACUCUAAAUAAAUGACUUCCUUUACCUUCACUCACUGCAGCAGAGAUGCACUAUAUCAAACACUAUGAGUAGCUUCUUAUUACCACACAUUAUGCCCUAACAUGGCUUGCUGCUCCUCUCAGAAUGAGAAUUUAGGGGAAAAUACUGCUCUAUGGGCUAGUACACCCUUCCCUUUAGUAUAAGUGAAUAUCUCAGGGUGUGUAUUAUGUGAGUAAGUGAGCUAGAGAAGGUUGGAAUCAAAAAUGAUUAUUUGUUAUUGAACAUGCAUGGAAAAUGAUGCAGCAGUGUGCCAUGCACUUGAGCAACUAUUCCGUAACAGACUCAUCUGUUCCUGUGAUAACUGCUUGAUGGCGACUUUCGAUAGCAUUCUGUCUGUAGAUCAAGAACUGUUAAGAUAUUUUGUCUGACUCAACAUGAGCUCCACAAAGAUCUUCCAUCUGCACCUUGAUGAUAUAAUUUUGGAUCUGUACUGGAUAAAAAGCCCAACCAUCUCUGCUGACAGAAAUCCAGCAAAAAAGCAGCAAUUUAACUUAAAGGUAUUUGCUCUGAGUGGUCAAAAACACAUUUUACCGCAGCAAGUCUUGAAUAUGCUUCCGUAUGUGUGCAGUAACACUGGUUUGAAUACAACACCUAUGAGUUGAUAAGACCUAACAUUUUUGUCUAUUGAGAAUAAUGAACAAUGCCACCCAAGUAAUAUAAAGCAGUUGACAUAGCUGUCAUUUUUGUUUCUUCGUAUAAGACUGUUACACAAAUACACAAGAUGACAUACUCGGCAGUACAAAAUUAAGACAAUCAGAAUCUUCUUAGAAUCUACAGAAUAAAGUCAGUUCUCAAAUCUAAAAUAUACAGCACAAAAAUUGUUUUUGAAAGAAUAUAAUUUAUUGAGUAUAUAAAUAAGUGUUUGUAUGUUUAAUGAUAAUCACAUUUAUAUAAGAGGUAACUGCACGUGUUUGUUAUUUCAGAUCGAAAAAAUGCACAAUGUACUCGCUACUAAGAAAAAUGACAAAUUAUUUUAGGCAACAGAAACAAUGUUAGGAUUUUCAUGUAUGAAAUAAUAUAUUUUAGCAUCACAACACCACUAUUGUCUUAUUAGCUUUUUAUUCUUGAGGAAUAAAGAUUGUAUAGUUAAGAGUAGAUUUCUAAAUUCAAAAGGAAACAAGCUUUUAUGUUCUUCAUUUUUGUUUGUCUUUGAUUGAGACGAAGGCAGAAUUGUUAAUAUUUGGCUAAGUCAAGGUGCCUUCAGUUUUGUUUAUGUACCAUACUCUGAACAGACUAUUUUACUGUCUUUAUAAAUGUCAAGCACAUUUUCAAGCUGA